AUGCCCAGUCUGUACAGUCUUACCCAGUACCUUAACAGCACUCUCAAACUUGACAUAUACGACAGUCAUGGAUAUGGCAAUUUUGUAGAAUAUGUUGAGGGUAAACAGUUAAAAGUUUUGGUUAAAGGAAUUUUGGAUAACGAUAUUGAUAUUGGAGGAGCUCUAUUUAUAAAUCAUGAAAGGCUAAGGGCUGUUCGAUAUUCGGGAGUUCUUAAUUUGUUAGGCAUCAAGUUUUUUCUCAAAAAACCUCCUUUGAGUUACGUGAAGAAUAUUUAUGUUUUGACAUUAACCAAGCAGGUUUGGUUUGCUACUUUUCUAAUAACGUUUCUGUUUUUGGUCGCGCUCUAUAUUGCUCUACGUUGGGAAAGGACUAGCUGGACUAAUUACGAGGAAAAUAUAAUGCCAGAAAAUCAGCGUUCUGUCAGCGUAAGUGAUAUGGUGUUAUUAUCAUUAGAAGCUCUGUGUCAGCAAGGUACCUAUAUCGAGCCAGUUACACUUUCUGCCAGGAUAUUAAUGCUGUGGUUUUUCCUGUUUUUCAUGUUUAUUUUCGUGGCGUACUCGGCGAGCAUUCUCAUUUUGUUAAGAUCGGCUGCAGAAAUACGAUCAAUCUCUGAUCUACUCAAUAACAAAUUCGAGGUCGGGGCUUUAAACGUGCAUUUCAUGAAGCAUUACCUUUCAAAACCAAAGCAUGGACCACUAAGAGAACUUUAUAUAAAGAAAAUUUACCCAAAUAACUACUUCAGCAUAGAGGAUGGAUUUCGAAAGAUCCAGAAAGAACAUUUUGCGUAUUUUACACCUAUUGCUCAUGCUUCACUGGCCAACAUGAGAAAUUACACCAACUAUGAUAUAUGCGCCUUUCAGGAACUCGCUGGUUAUAUAGAUGAUGCUGGUGUUACACGAACGUGGAAUUGUCCACAGAGCCAAAGUGCGCACAGUUCAAAAGCCAGUUUGCAAUAA